AUGUUCCUCUCUCCCUUCGCACCCCCCUCGCCCUUCGAGCCACCCUCUCUCCUCUACCUCUUCCUUCUCUCACCACCAAAGUUUCUCUUACGGACACUCCACCGCCUGAUCUCUUUUUUUCGCUCCUCACCCACUCGACCCUUGCUGCCAUUGAGAGUAGUCUGUCUCUCAGACACACAUUGCAAAGUUCCCGCUGUGGUUCCUGAUGGCGAUCUCUUGAUCCACGCCGGCGACCUCACUCAAACCGGCACACCAGCAGAGCUACAAAAACAACUGGAUUGGCUAAACUCGCUUCCUCACACACAUAAAAUCGUUAUUGCUGGAAAUCACGAUACCUUCCUGGACCCGCGAUCACGCAAAACAUUACCCGCCGAAGACACCGAAAACGCAACCCUGGACUGGGGAAAUUUACAUUAUCUCCGACAUUCAACCACAACACUCACUUUUGCUUCCCAUCGGAAUCGGAAAUUGAAGAUUCAUGGUGCGCCACAGAUCCCUGCUUGUGGGGGCGAGGAAUUUGCGUUUCAGUAUCCUAGAGGCCAGGAUGCGUGGAAGGAUACCGUGCCUUCGGGUGUGGAUAUCUUGGUCACGCAUACACCUCCCAAACACCACAUGGAUCUCUAUGGCUUGGGAUGCGAGCAUUUGCUUUCUGAGCUUUGGCGAGUGAAGCCGCGUUUACAUGUUUUUGGGCAUGUGCACGCUGGAAGAGGAAAGGAAGUUGUUUAUUGGGAUGAUGCUCAGAGGGCUUUUGAGCAUGGGUGUGGUAGAGGUGACGGUUUGGUCUGGAGCAUGCUGGAUUUGUGGCUGUGGGUUGAUGUUGUCAAGGUGGUUUGGCAUGGUGUGUCGAAUGUGGUUUGGGACCGUGUUUGGGGUGGUGAGGGGAGGGUGACGAGGAUGGUUAAUGCUAGUGUGAUGUACAUCAAUACCGGCGAGCUUAAGAAUAUGCCGCAGGUGGUCGAGAUAUGA